CUUGGAGCGAGUCCUUCCUCGCCUGGAGGCAGCAUCGGAGCCCUUUCCGUCUGCACAUGCAGCUAGGCUGUGGGAUUCUUCAUGCGCCUGAAAGCUAAAGAGAGUUCUCUGGGAGAGGCCGAGCUGCAGCCAGGCUCAGAUCCUGCCGGGAUGGAUGGCAGUUACCUCAGCGUGAAAGAGACCGGAGUGAAGGUAUCCCAGGAGAGGGCGAGUAGCAACCUCCCCAGCCCGAUGGACAAGACUGACUCUGAGAGCAACAAGGGCAAGAAGAGGCGGAACCGCACCACCUUCACCAGCUAUCAGCUGGAAGAGCUGGAAAAGGUCUUUCAGAAGACCCACUACCCAGAUGUCUAUGCCAGGGAGCAGUUAGCCAUGAGGACAGAUCUCACUGAAGCCCGAGUUCAGGUUUGGUUUCAGAACAGACGGGCAAAAUGGAGGAAGCGAGAGCGGUUUGGUCAAAUGCAGCAGGUCCGCACCCACUUCUCCACAGCCUAUGAGCUCCCCUUACUAACUCGAGCAGAGAACUAUGCCCAGAUCCAGAAUCCAUCCUGGAUUGGCAACAACGGUGCUGCCUCCCCCGUCCCUGCCUGCGUCGUGCCUUGUGACUCAGUGCCUUCCUGCAUGUCUCCUCACGCCCAUCCCCACACAACCGGAGGGGUCUCCGAAUUCCUGAGCGUCUCUGGUCCCGGCAGCCACGUGGGACAGACUCACAUGGGGAGCCUCUUCGGCGGCGCAGCCAUCAGCCCCGGCAUCAACGGCUACGAGCUGAACGGCGAGCCCGACCGCAAGUCCUCCAGCAUCGCAGCCCUGCGGAUGAAAGCCAAGGAGCACAGCGCUGCCAUAUCGUGGGCGACAUGACAAGGUGCAGCCGUUGCCCUCCAGACACUGACCGAGCAAACAGGGACGAUCGAACCAAUCCAUCCACUCUUGGACCCGAGGCAGCCAGUGCCCUACUCAGAGAUCUGAAUGCAGCACUUUUAGCUAUCCUAGGUAUAAUAGCAAUACGUUGCCGUAUUUGGAGUGUUUUAAACAGGCAGGGGAUUUUGUUGUUGUUGUCCCCAACAAACAGGUGUGUGGAAGGAAAUAAUGGGUGUGUUUACUGCACCUGACAAAGUUGAGUUUUGUGUGUGUGUUUGUGUGUGUGUGUUCACAUGGCAUGUUUCCCUAAUGCUGUCAUUGUCCUGACUUGCCAAUGAAAAAGGACACUUGUCUCCCCUGCUUUCUCUGACACCGGAUUUGUCUUUCUCUUUAAAACACAAAAGCUUCAAGCCACACUUCCCAGUUGAUUGCUCUGCACAUUUCCAGUACCAUUUAUUCUCAUGCUAUGGGCAGUUCUACGAUACCUAUAAUGCCAGAAGAAUGUGGUUGCUUUAGUUGAUGAGUGCAAGACUGGUGUUUGUGUGUGUGUGUGCAUGCAUGCAUGUGCUGAGUGUAGGGUAUGCUGAUUCAACUCACAGAAUACCUGUAGAUGCCAGGCUGCAACCCAGAGGUUGCCUUGGCAACUGCGCUGGGUAAAAAGAAGCGGUCACUGUCUUGUCUCCCAUUUUCCUGACGUCUGCUGUAUGUAGUGAACAGGACUGCCACACAGCAGGCAGGGGUGGAGCACAGCGUAAAACGAACAAGAGAAGCCAAGGCUGUGGCCCCUCUCUAUUUGGCAAGGAUAAUAAAGGUCCCUGGGAAUCUCCGUGUUGUGCUCUGGGUUGAUCCAAGCAGCAAACCAAGGGCUAUGAGAAUGGCUCAACUCAAAGCAGCGAUAUUUGUGCCAUCUCCUGUUAUAGUGGGGCCUGCAUCCUUGUAGGGGGACUGAGUACCUAUUGCCAAGUAAGAUAAAAAAUCUAUCACCAAAACAGAGGACAAAAAUGGGCACGGAUUUGCGUAACAUUUGCAUGCGCUAAUUUAUAAUGCAACUUAGAAACUAUAAUUGAAAUAAUAAUAAUUUUAACAACAAUUUUGUUAUUUAUACCCUGACCAUCUGGCUGGGUUUCCCCAUAGAAAUGCAAUGCAUCUAACCAUGGUGGGGAAGACUGACCAAGUGGCCGGCAUGUCUGCUGGGUCUGCCACCCAGGUGCUACCUGCGGAUGGGCAACUUGGAUGUCCCUGCUCACUCUCUCCUUAGGACUCCUUGUCUCUAAAACAGCCUUGGACCAGAGAUAGAACCACAUCAUGACAGUCCUUCAAAUAGGUGACUGUUUGCGAGCUAUCCAGGGAACUUUGUUGCACGGGCAGCAUAGAAAUGUAGAAAAAUAAAGGAAGAAAAUCGACAUAAAGUAGAAUACAUGGCCCACCCUCUUCUAUCUUUUGCCCUGCUUUAAUGCUGAGGAAUGAAAUUAAGCUGUGGGAGAUGCUACCAUCAAUAAAUGCAGUCCAAAACAAGGGUUCUGACUACUGGCUUGCAUAAAGCAAGAGUGUGACAGGAGUGUGGUCUACAAGAAAGAGAAAAUUCUUCUCUCGUCUUCCUGCCCAGGUGACAUGGCUAGUUCUACAGAAGGCCAAAGAAUAUGGUUUUCCCUUCCGGUAUUAUUAUGCGCACAGGCUUCUGACCAAUAAGAGAAGAUAGAUCUCCGUGAUUACCAGAACAAGUGCCUUCUUUAAACAGUAUUCACAAUUCCACAAUCCGCAGCCCAGCUCAAAAACCGGUCUUCCUCGUGCCCCCUUCCAUUUGUACUGACUUAAACCACCACAUGAAGAUUGCCCUAGCCAUGUCUUGGAGGAAUAAAGCUAGAGCUUGUUUCUUUGGUUGGAAAUGCUCUUCCUUUCAGCUCAAAGCUUUUAGCAAGCACGGACCCACUUCUCGUCACUCCCAUUCAUCAGGAUGAUGGUGGUAACUUCCCAGUUCCCCUGUGGUUGCUUUCCUUAUACAGUAGAUGGAUCAAAGAAGAUUUCUUUGAUCCAUCUAAGAUUCUGCCCAACUCGGCUACGAAUAAGCUGAUUUUUAAACAGUGUUUAGGUUUCGUGGUUUCUUAAGCACAGAGCUACAUCCAUCAGAGAAGAGAAGGAAAGAAAGAAAGAAAGAAAGAAAGAAAGAAAGAAAGAAAGAAAGAAAGAAAGAAAGAAAGAAAGAAAGAAAGAAAGAAAGAAAGAAAGAAAGAGGUUUAACCACCUGUCUGGUUUUUAAGAGGGUGUUUACUGGGUUUGGUAGCUACUGGUCUCUCUUCUCCCAAUGAGCAGCUGCUCUACAGGCACAGAGAUUUCAUUUGGGCCUCGUCACAAAAGCAAGACCGCCCUCAGUGAUGCCUGGGACACAAGCAUACACCUGCCUUCUGGCUCACAUGUGGCUGUGGAAUCAUAAGCAUUUGCACACACUCUGGCCUGGAAUGGGAAGGAUGCUGGCAGGAAUUCUUACAAAAGAGCCAGCUCAUUGACAACAAGACUUAUUGGUCUUCAGUGCACAUGGGUUCUCGGGAGGAAAAGUUGCUGGAAAUCUGAAUUGGGAGGGGGGGAUGGGAACUAUCCUAUUUGUGGAGCAGAGGUAAAUGAAGCAGGGCCUCCAUUUAGAGAUGGGGAAGCUAUAUGUUCCCUCACCACCAUGUGGUCAUUCCAUUCUAGCCAUUUUACUAGUUCCACACAUUUAACUGUUGCAGAAAUAAGUGUGCCAGUGGCACAGACUAAAAAUGUCCAAUCCCCCCCACUCUUGUUUUUCAGGUGUAUGUAUGUAGCUUCUCUUAUUUGUCUAUGGCGAUGACGUCACAUGCACUAUCCAAUACGUGCCUGUGAUAAUUCCAGAGCCACAUUUUACAGUAAGCCUUACAAGGAUUGAUACUCUGCCUGCAGAGAGAGAAAAUGGCUUUUCGUGUUGAUUUUAGUGGAAAUGCUAAGGACAUCACUAGGACAUACAAAGUGUUUCCGCUGUGUUCGGAUCAUGCCUUGUGUGUCAAGGGCUCGGAUAAACACAGCACCCACCAGUAAAAGUACUACUUUCAGAAAUGAUGCCUGUGUUCCCCCAACAACAAAUACAUAACAAUGUUGCAUUUUUUGUGACACAAACAACUUAUCAGGGAUAAGUGCUCUCAUUUGCCCCUCGCCACCUUUUAAAGCUAUGAAAUCAAGGUCCCGUAGAUGCUUUUCUGGCAUUGAUAGUGUUCACUCCCCUGAAUGGCGUUGGCCCACCUGUGAAGUGGUCACUCUAACUGAAAGGGUACCUUUGAGAGUUGUACCUGGAACUCUCAUGCAAGAAAUAAUGGGCAGCAUCCAACAUUGGUCAUGUUGGGAAUAGAUCCAUUGAAAUCAAUGGAGCCAUUCGGAUGAUGAUGAUGUAUGCUGGCUAUCACUUAAUGUGUGUGUGUGAAUGCAUAAGUAAUAUUAUCCAUGCUUAACCAUGUUUUUUUGUGUUCCUAAGUGUGCAUACCUAGGAGAAUAUAUUGUGAGUGUGUGUGCUGCCUGUGCAAGUGUGUUUAUUGUAUAAACAGCUAAGUUUGCCAUCUCUUGGGCGGAGGAUAGGAUCACUCAUGACUAGCAUUCUGCCCAAUGUGAUUUCAGUUUUCAGUUGGGAAGCUAGGGUGGGGGAGAACUCUUAAUUUUUCUUCUUUUGCUGCUGCUGCCUUAGCUUUCAGUGUGAAGUCUGCAGCUCCAAAAACGGUCAUCUUGUUGGACGCUAACUUUGAGGGGUACGUUGCUGUAUGUAUAAAUCCUAUUCAGGAGUUAUUCGUGUGCAGCAUGUUACCAAAUGUGCUUCGUAGCAGAGCCAGGCUUUUUAGCCCUGACACCAUGCAUAUGGCUGUCUGUAGUGAAAGCCCAACAUGCAAACUCCUGUUCACAUGUAGAGGCACUUGCACAACCAAGCCAAGCUCACAUGUUGGGGUUUCUCUACAAGAAACGGUGCACAACGUGCAGGUGUUUCAGGGAAAAGACGCAAUGCCAGGGUGGGGCUAAAGGUUUGGGCCCCACCCCAAAGUAAAUGUGGUUACUCCUAUAGGUGAGCAAUGUGCCAUUAUUUUGUUGCUUUAGAACAGCUAGAUCAGGGGUCAGCAACCUUUUCCAGCUGUGGGCCAGUCCACUGUCCCUCAGACCAUGCGGUGGGCCGGACUAUAUUUUGAAGGGGGGGAAAUGAACGAAUUCCUAUGCCCCACAAAUAACCCAGAGUUUCAUUUUAAAUAAAAGCACACAUUCUACUCGUGUAAAAACACCAGGCAGGCCCCACAAAUAACCCAGAGAUGCAUUUUAAAUAAAAAGACACAUUCUACUCAUGUAAAAACACACUGAUUCCCGGACCGUCUGUGGGCCAGAUUUAGAAGCCGAUUGGGCCGGAUCCGGCCCACGGGCCUUAGGUUGCCUACCCCUGAGCUAGAUGGCCAGCUCUAGCUGUGCACUGCAGAGUAUAUGGACAUGCAUGCAGUACUGUACAAGAGUGUGGUGUGUGAAGUCUCUGUGCACAAUAAAUGUGCAGAAAUGUAUUUGAAGCGUACUUUGCCUAAGACUAGGUUUGCUUGAAGUCUGCUGGUCACAUGCUGAUGUCAACUCCAACGUGGCUUUGUGCAUGAACGGUUCAGUUUAUAUCUAGACUGUGCCUCAGCAGAUCAUUCAGAAGACAUUUCAGGAUAGUUGGAGGAGUGCUGUGGACCAUGCACUGAACUAUUCAAUGCAACAUGUACAAAUUUGUUGACUAAGUAAACUCACCCCCAAGGACAAAACAGGACAUUGUGCCCUGAAAUGGAGCUGCUGCCAAAACCAGCAGCCCCCUGCCAAGCCCCUUUCCCUCCUGCCACUAAUGUUGAGACACGUCUUUGCCACUGCUCUGCCUCGUUGGCCGAGACAGGGAUGCAGGCAUGGCAAUGACAUGGGCAAGCAUGGCUAAACAUCGCAGAAAAGCCAACACAGGGCUGCCAUUUUAGCGGCAGCCCAGAGUCCAACAUAGCUUCUAGUUCUAACAAAAAAUGUAUCCCGAGCAAGAGAGUUCCAUUGAUGCCAGCCCUCCACAAGAGUGCUCUGCCUGGUUUUACUCUGUCUUGGACAUAAAUGAACUCUGGAGGCUUUCUGGGGUCAACAAUUAGAUGUUCUAGGGACAAAUCCAGUACCCUGAAUACUACCAUGGUCAAGAGGGCUGUUUUGAUGGAGCGUUGGCUUGCUCUUCUUCCCAUGGUAACAUCAUCUGCUGGCCAGAGCAACAGAAUGUAAGCUAUACAGUGGAACCUCGGUUUAUGAACACCGCGGACCCAUCUGGAACGGGUUAAUUCAUUUUCCAUUACUUUCAAUGGGAAAGUUCGCUUCAGUUUAUGAACGCUUCAGUUUAUGAACAGACUUCCGGAACCAAUUACACCCAUGCUUCAGUUUAUGAACACUUCAGUUUAAGUACUCCGCGGACCCAUCUGGAACGGAUUAAUCCACUUUCCAUUAUUUUCAAUGGGAAAGUUUGCUUCAGCUUAAGUACGCUUCAGUUUAAGUACUCCACGGACCGUCUGGAACAGAUUAAUCCACUUUCCAUUACUUUCAAUGGGAAAGUUCGCUUCAGGUGAAGUACGCUUCAGUUUAUGAACGCUUCAGUUUAAGUACUCUGCGGACCGUCUGGAACGGAUUAAUCCACUUUCCAUUACUUUCAAUGGGAAAGUUCGCUUCAGUUUAUGAACGCUUCAGUUUAUGAACAGACUUCCGGAACCAAUUACACCCAUGCUUCAGUUUAUGAACACUUCAGUUUAAGUACUCCGUGGACCCAUCUGGAACGGAUUAAUCCACUUUCCAUUAUUUUCAAUGGGAAAGUUUGCUUCAGUCUAUGAACGCUUCAGUUUAAGUACCCCGCGGACCGUCUGGGACAGAUUAAUCCACUUUCCAUUACUUUCAAUGGGAAAGUUUGCUUCAGUUUAUGAACGCUUCAGUUUAUGAAUAGACUUCCGGAACCAAUUGUGUUCAUAAACCGAGGUACCACUGUAUGAGCAUUUGGCGCGAGGGGGGCAGGAUAUUCCUAUGCCUUUCUUCUUCCUUUGGAUGGUUAUUCCUUGUCUUAGUGUAUGCUAAGUUUUCACAGUAUGUUGUAAAACACUCUGAAAACAAACAACAGUGAAAAAGGUAGCUUCCUGGAAAUGGUUGAAAAAUGAUCAGGCAGACACAGCAGCUGAGAACUCCAUGUUUAUUUUGCUGCUUUGACUGACAUAGCAAAAAAAGCAAACACUUGGAAUUAAAAAAAAAAAGAGAGGCCCAAAUGGGAACUGGGACAGAGUUAGGCUGAACAGAUGAAAGCUUUUGAUUGCUUUCAACUUCAUGGAUUGUAGUGCAGAGAAACCAAAGUGUGACUCCCCCCCCCACGCACCAGUUGUGACCCUUUACCGCAAAUCAGGGUAAUGUAUUACCCAAACCAGUACUCCUUCCAUGAACAUAGAUAGCGCUAGGACUUUUAUACUACUGAUGUUGAAGGACAGUUUUCAAUGUAUAAUAAUAUAUCAGAUUUUUUGGGGUGUGCAGUGUUUGAAAGCGAGAAUGGGAGAAAGAUCUCAAGAAAACAAACCUCAGUCAAUAUUAUUGUAAGAUAUUGUAACCUUGUAUAAAUGCAACUUUUUUCCCCUUUAGCUUUAUGGCCGGGGGCAGAAUAUAUGAAAAUAUACGUUCAAAAAUGUUCAAGAAUAAAAUAAUGGAAUAGGAAAAGAAAAAAAACGCCCACAAAAAUUGCAGUGUGAGGUUGUGCCAUACAAUUUUACUGCCUAUACAGAUAUGUACUGCAAAUUCAUUACAUUGUAAUAUUAAAAAAAGAACAAACUACUUUGCAUCUUGUUUUUCUGUUGCUGCUGCUGUAAGGUAUUGCGCAUAAGACUUUUCUCUCCCUAGAGUUGAGGGUGGGAGAGAAACGAAAUUUCUUAGAGCUACAAACAAUAUUCAAACAGAAAGAAAGUU